AUGCAAUGCAUGUCUAGCUGUUUAACAGAUUUAAUAAGACAAGCAUAUGAUCUAAUACUUCCUGGAUCACCUCAUUACUCAGUUAUUCUAAUGAAGACCCCUUUGUCACCAGCGGUUACAGCACAAAUUCUCGAAAGUUUGAAGUUACCAGAACAUCCGUUAGCUAGAGUUACUGAUGACAGGUGUGCGUCAUGUGCUACACGUUUUAUUCAACUAAAGAUCGAUGCACUUAGUUAUGUUAGAAGAAGUGUGUUAUCAGCAACAACGGGAAAGUUGACAAAAGUUUCGCCUAAAUUGAUGAGACUGAAUCAGGAUCGGAUGAACCCUUUACCGGUUGAUACUGCCCCUUGCCAGUCAACAGAACAAGAUCCACAUAAAUCUAAAUGGAUUAGAUCCUCUGGCAGUGAUGACCAGUUCAGUCAAUCAUCUCAGUUAUAUAACUCACCUGUCAACGACAAGCCCAGACACCAAAAUUCAAGACAGCAUAUUUUUCGCCUUGAAGGUUCAUUACAAAAUUCUCCUCAAAAUUAUACAACACUAGGAUUUAAAUUAUUGAACGAUCAGUUAAGAGCUGACUGUCAUACUGUACAGCAUUCACAAAUUAGUAACACUGAAGUUAAUCGAUUUGACGAAUCUUUAUGUCGAAAUUCAUUAUCUAAGAAAACUAGUGCAAGAAACACACCACUUAUCCCACGUGUUCAAGCGGAUUAUAAGCCAUUGCGUACUUUAAAUCCGACAUCACCUGGUCAGCACAUUCUACAAAGACCUUAUUAUCCUGCAGUCUAUAACUCUCCAAACACUGAGAUUUAUCAUCACAUCGGUACACAAAGAAAUCUACAAACAAAUUCAAACCUUAUUUGUGAUAGUUACACAAACAACAAAGUAAACAACGGUGUACUAUAUACUGGAUUAGAUAAUUGUAAAGGCAGUUUUCAACCCUUAUAUCUCAUUGGUGGGAUAAAUAAUAAUAACUCCCAACUAUCAUAUCCUGAUUAUUCAAGACCUAUUCGGUGGGCUGCAGAACAAGGCUUGAUAUCGGCUGCAAAACAGCGGCAAAUACUUUGGGAAUCAUCAAGAGAAAAAAACUCCUCACAUCAGUUGAUGCAAUCACGUUCUGAAGAUCAGUCAAUUAAUCAAGGGGGUGACAUCCAUCCGUCUAUUGUCAAUACGCGUCAAAGACUGGAGACUAGUGUCAGUUUGAAAAAUGAAAGUGACAAAAAUCAGACUGAUGAACAGGGGAAGAAUGUCAAUCUGUCCAGUGAAGAUAACAAUGGGAUUAGGCAAGCUUCAGUAACACAAAUUUCAGCUGCUGCAUCAUUCUUCACAAGAGCUGGCCAAAAACUUGCCAUUACAAACAGUUCUAAACGAAAGCGUAAAUCACCUCAUAAUGAUAUCAGUGAUGUGAGUCAUUUAACUGGACAUCCUACAUCACCGUCAUAUCGUCAUAGUCAACAUUCAAAAUGUAUCACAGGAUUUUCGGAAGCAAUGCAUCAUUACCCACCUCCGAUGCCUCCAACUCUUUUAAAAUGGGGUCGAAAUGGUUCCAACAAUGCUGCAUUAAACAAUAGAGUGGGAAAGUUAAAGUAA